CAGCAACAGAUGACUGUAGAGUUUAUUAGUUCGUGUCAUGCGUUUGUACGGUACUAUGUUGCGUUUUCUGUGUAAUAUGUAAGUGAUUUGAUGGUGGAGACAGGAAAUCACGGAAAGACGCAUAUUGAGUGUGUGGAUUAGGAGAGCACUCAUGGACUCCAAGGGAACUAGUUGGCUGAAAAAAGAGAAGAAUGAAGUAGAUGCUGAACCAGGCUCCUUGGUUCAGUUACACACAUCUACCAUGAAAUUAAAAGAAGAAUUGGAUGAGAAAGUGAACCAACAGUUUCUUCAAGAUCCACCAAGGAUUGUAAUGCCUAGUCUUCGUAUAAAGCAAGACCUAGAACUGAAACGGGAUUUAGAUGGCAUUGAGCAUGAUUGUCUUGAAGAUAAUUCGGUAAUCUCUCGGCCAAAUCAUUUUAUCAAGGAGGAUCCUGAACUAAAUUUGGAGGUGGCAGCCUCAAUAAGAAAUGCAUCUGAUAGUUUAAGUUUCAUUCAAAGUGCUGGUGACAGCUGUAACGUUUCGUAUCAAGAAGCAUUACAUCAAGGACUAGUCGAUGACGAUCUGGAGAUAGAUACAGAGAUGUCAACAGAUUUCAGUAUGUCUCAUAACUAUAGCAAGUUACGGACUUCACAAGAAGACAGCUUAUGUGGCACAAGAUUAAGUUGUAGCAUCAGGGAAAAGGAAUUCCAUAAGUUUAACUGUAGUUUCUGCCUACAGAGCUUCCCUUCAAAAUACAGACUCAUAAUGCAUAUCUUCAUCCACAUUGACGGUGUGCAGGCACCUGCAUUUGUGUGUAAGUCAUGUGGUGAGGUAUUGCCCACUGAUGACAGCUUGAAAGAACAUUUGAGAAUGAGUGAGGGUGACCAAGCAUUAUCAGCUGCCAACAGUGAGAAACUUGAAUGCAGUGAUGACCAUGAAAACAACAUCUCCUUAGAAAGUGUAAGAGAAGAAAUUGUGGAACGGACUGAGAAGCAAUCUUCAUCCAAGGAAACCAGGAAAACUUUAAGGAAAUCCUUCAGUGAUAUAUGCAAUACACAUACUGUGACACAAGUUGCAGAGAAACUCAGAUGUGAUAACUAUGGAAUUAUGUGUACAGGUGAUCAUGUUAAUGUCCACACUGUGCUAAGUGCAAAGAGACAUCACAAAUGUGAUGUUUGUGGUAAAUUGUUUACACGUUCAGGCAGUAUCAAGGUACAUGAAUUAAUACACACGGGAAAGAGACCCCACAAAUGCCGUGUUUGUGGAAAAUCGUUUACUCAGUCGGGCACUCUCAAGACACAUGAAUUAAUACAUACAGGAGAGAGACCCUACAAAUGUAUUGUUUGUGGCAAAUCGUUUAAUGGUUUGUGGAAUUUCAAGGCACAUGAAUUAAUACACACGGGAAAGAGACCCCACAAAUGCCGUGUUUGUGGAAAAUCGUUUACGCAGUCGAGCAGUCUCAAGACACAUGAAUUAAUACAUACAAGAAAGAGACCCUACGAAUGUACUGUUUGUGGCAAAUCGUUUAUUGGUUUAGGGAAUUUCAAGGCGCAUGAAUUAAUACACACGGGAAAGAGACCCCACAAAUGCCGUGUUUGUGGAAAAUCGUUUACUCAGUCGAGCAGUCUCAGGACACACGAAUUAAUACAUACAGGAAAGAGACCCCACGAAUGCGAUGUUUGUGGAAAAUCGUUUACUCAGUCGGGCCAUGUCAAGAGGCAUUUGUUGACACACAUGGGAAAGAUACCCUACAAAUAUAGUGUUUGUGGUAAAUCGUUUCCUCAAUGGGGCAGUCUCGAGAAACAUGAAUUAAUACACACUGAACAGGGACCACACAAAGUCAAUGUUGGUGGCAAAUCGUUUUCAGAACUGGGUCAUCUAAAAACACAGAAAUUAAUACACGCAGGAAUGAGCCCCCACAAAUAUACUUGCGGCAAAUAUUUUUCUUCCUCUGGUGAUCUCAAGGAAAUCAUUAGUACACACCGGUAAAUGAAAACACAAAUGUAGUAUUUAUGGCAAAUUGUAUAAAAACUCGAGUAACCUCAAGAAACAGCUAUCACUACACACUGAAAAAAAGGCUACACAGAUGUGAUAUUUACGGGGAAUCUUUUACUCCAGUCUAUCAUCUUUAGAAGCAUGCAAUAAUACAUAUUACGUAGAGACCACUCAAAGUAUUGUUGAGGUCUGUAGACUUACACAUGUUCAAAGGAGACCACAAGUGUGUUAUGAAUAUUGAUCGCAUGUGCUACAGAAAGGUCACAAAAAAAGGACAAAUCCGUUUUCACACCUUCAUGUUCAAAGAAGUUGCAUACUAAAUAUAAUAUAUGAGGCACACAAUUGCAAUUUUUUGUUGUAAAUGCUCCAUGCUAUAACGAUCUGUCUACCAGAAAUUGGGGCAUCAAAAGAUAUGUUUCUCGUUUGAGUAGAAGUCCUAUGCAGUAAUCAGGACUCCAUAUUCUUCAAGAGAAUUUACCAGCAUGUUGCUAGUUAUUUGAAAGAAACUGCCAUUUCAAUAUUCAUGAAGCUGUAGGCAGUACCCAGUCGACAGCAUAAAUGUGUUUAUUACACAUCCAUCACUCAGGCUAUUUUUCUCAACGAUGGAGAAAGAUACAAAAAUAUCAUGAUUAUGCAAACAUGUUACUGGGGUAUGCCUCCUUAAUAGUAAUGCUAUUUGUGUGAUAAAAAUUUGCACACAUGUGAACUAUCUGUGCUACUUCUACAUUAGGAAAUAACUGAUGGUGGCAAGUAUGCAGAGAUCAGGCAAAAAUUGUAAUCAUCUGCCUAGUAGUAUUUUGAUUCACCUUCAGACUGCAAUACAUCAGUGCUUCUGUAUGGUGUGGACUCAUUAGUUCGCUGUUAGUUUUCCACUAGUAAAUUGGACUAUAUGUCUACACAUGUCUCAAACGGUUCCCAUUAACUGCAGGUUAUCAGUUUGUUGCUGUGUAGUUAGUAUGCAAUAGCAUCCCAAAUUCGUUUCAUAAUGACCUAAUGAGGUGGGAAAGACAACAGUGUGAGCUAUCAUGAUGCUCAAACCAUUGCAGUGUGAUUCUGACCUUGUGAUUUGGACAGUUAUCCUGCUGUAAGAUGUUGUCACUCUCAGGAAAUUCAUCGAGCAUUAAGUGACACAGAGGUUGCAAUAAUGUUCGUGUUCUUCACAUCUGUCAUGGUGCUUCCAAUUAUGACCAGCUGCUUCUUGGCGUCUCAUAUGAAUAUCCCCCAUAGCAUGACAUUGCCACCAUCUUUCUGCACCUGUUGUCUUGUGCAUGUGUUGAACGACUGUUCAUCUGGAUGAUGGCACAUCUGGGCACAACCAUUAACCUGGUCCACAAGAAAUGUCACUUAUCCCAACAGGUGACACAUCUUUAUUGGUAUGCAGUCCAAUCUCAAUUAUCCCAUUCGUAUUACUAUAGUAGCUGACAAGCAUUUUCUUCUGUAUCCACAGAUUGCCAUCAAUCCCACUUUACAAAGCAGCUAGGUUCUGAUCUCCUUGUUCUAGGUAAUGCAUGGUAAUCCUCCAACCUUUUGUCAACUUGUGGAUAUCCCAUCUUUCAACGAUGUUCCAUAGAGGCUAAUGAUAGAAGCAUCUGAGCAGCCAACCACAUUCAGUGUUUUUUAGAUGCACUUACCCAGGCACCAGGCAAAGCCAUCUGAUCUUUGGCAAAGUUAUUUAUGCCAGUUUUUUACACAAACUGUAACUAGAAUGAUUACCCAUUCAUUGCUGGUUAUAUAGUUUCGUUACUACGUGACAUAACCAAAAUGCCACUGGGUAGCAUACACUCCUCCUAGGGAAGUGGGUAUAAUGAUUUGGAUCAACAGUGUAUCUUGACACAAAAGGAUCUUUUGGUACAUUGUGUAGUAAUUCAAAUUUUCAUGCUUCGUUAAAUUUUAUGCCAAUACACUAUUGUCAGUUUAAGUGCCAUAUUUCUUGUGAAAAAUAUUUGUAUUAAAAAUCCCUGUACAUAAUUCUGAUUAAAUGAAGAUUAAUUUUAUGCAUCAAAUCUUUCAAUUAUUUGUCUGUUUUUAAAUAUCAUGUAACUACUGUACAAACAUCAGUGGCAAAACUGUCAUCAUGUAGUGUCAGAUUAUAAUUCCAACUGUU